AUGCACGCUAUGCAGAUAGUAUUCACUUUGCUUUUCGUCGUCAAUUCGUUAUUUUUCGUCAACGAGGCGAGAAUUUUGUCGAGACGAUCCAGGAAUUUGCGGUUGGACCCACACUUCCAAGACUAUUUCAAUAGUGAGAGUGACGAGGUGGCCAGCAUUGAAUACGAUGAUGAUUUGGGGGAUUCGAUUCGAGAUUUUGAAUCUCAUCUCGACAAAUUGCGCAACUCGUUGCUCAAUGAGCCAAUUCGAAAAGAGAAAGCGGUCACUUUCGAGUUGCCGAAACCGACGAGUUCGAUCGAGAGAAAUUCCCCAGGAAUUGCCAUUCGAAUCACCGAUCACGCUUUGGAAUAUGUGAAAGAGAAAUCUCUGGCCAUUCUCCGGCAUGAUGUCAUGCGAACUCAUCCACCACAAAUCGAGAUCAUCCUUCUUGGCGCAAAUUUGACGAUCGACGAGAUAAAAGUGGUCGGAUUCGAGGCACCGACGUUGAAAACUGAGGGUCUCGCCGACGGCGUUUUUCGCAUUCAAACGAGCGGUGGUGAGGCAAAAAUUCGCGGCUCGUACAAAAAUAUUUUCAAAACGGUGCGCGAAGGGCAAUUCGAGGCGCUUCUUUCCGGCUUUGAUCUUGAUUUCAAAUUCAAAUACAUGAAAACAUUCGAUGGGCGGCUGAAGCUGAUCGAUCAGUCGUGUCAAUUCGCGUUGGAAGCUGUGACCGUACUCUUGCAGCCCGAGUUGGCGCCACCGUUUUCUGAAAAAUUCAGCUUGGAAACGUCGUUGAAUCGUUUAGUCAAUCAAAUGCCAUCGCUUGUCCAUUUCUUCAACCCAAUCGAUUCGGCCAAGCAUUUCAGUCAAGAAGUUGGUUUCGAUUCUCGAGUGACAUCUGAGCCGAUAAUCACCUCAAAGUUUACACAAGUAGGGAUUCGAGGAGAGUUCACGAGCAAUCGCACACAAAUCGAUGAUGAACCGGCUGUGCUAGAGACCUCUCAAGCUGACACCGAAAAAAUGGUCUACACCUAUAUCUCUGAUCAUUCCGUUUCCACGUUUCUCCGCCAAUUGUCGACUUUCGGUGAUGUGAAAUUCAAUUUACAUGUGCUGCCCGAGAUCGCCGAUUUUCUGAGGCCACAAUGCGCGAAAUUUGAGCUCUGCGUUGGGCAAUUCGCUGAUUUACAGACCGUCAAUCCAGCAUCAGGACGAUUAGUGGUUCGAUCAAGAACGCCUCCACGAAUUCGUUUCCAUCAAGGAGCUGCUCAUAUUCAUCUGAAAACUUCCGUUGAAAUGAGUUAUCGAAAAUCGGAUGAGCUCUUUGUCGUUGAUGAGAUCUAUGCGAAAUUCGACGCCGAUUUGUCGCUGAAAUUGAGUCACUUGAGGGUGAUCAAAUCGUUGAAAGAGGGACAUUAUGAAUGGACAGCAAGAAUACAUGUUGAUGAGAUUUCGGUCGACAACGCGUUGGCCUUGAACGACAAGAUGACGAAUUUCGUCGAGAACCUCCCAUCAAUCAUGAACAAAUCGAGGAAAUUUUUGGAGACUUUGAUCUCUUCGAAUCUUCGCUCAUCCCUUCCAUUGUCUUUGUCGAAAGCGAUCGACUUGGAGAUGAUUUCGACGGAAUUCCGCGAGCGAACCCUCGUCGUUUCGUUUAAUCUGAACAUUGAAUCUCGUUUAUUUCCCCAUUUGAGUUUCGUCAAU